AAUAUGGCGGACCUUGUGGUUUGUUGUUGAUAUUGUGUCCUCUUGGAUUGUGGUCGGCAAAUUUAAAACUGUUUAUUAUUAACUGAAACUUCAGCCAUGACUUUAGCAACCAGAUCAUCGUUCUUUUUAAAUGGAUAUUCGUUUGCAUACUCUAGUUUCUUUGACCAGUGGCAUGUCGUUUCAUUUACAAUCAAAGAAAAUUAGUUGGAAUCUUAUGAAUAUCAUCAACCUGCUAAGAUGGCGUUCUACGAUGACCGCAAAUUUCUUCUGUCUCACAUUCAUCAUUCCUUCAUCACUUGCGACGACACCGGCAUGUGCGAGAUGGCCAUGCUCAAUGAAAUCGUCACUGACAAAGCGUUGUGCCAGGGCGACGAUAACAGACCCGAACUCAAAAUAUUAGAUUAUUACGCAGAGUCGGAUCUCCUGGAAGCUGGCCAGUCGUACGACAUUGUGUCCGGGAUGGGAUUCAUUGGCGGUCAUCGUCAUCGUUCCAAUACUGCCCAGAGACUGGAAAAGUUGAAGAAAGAUCGCCAAAAUCAAGCCAAAAUUACUCACAUUCAGUGGAAGGACUGUCCAACACACUUAAGUGAGCAAGAUUUAUCUCAACUAUUUCCUAAGAAGGACUUAACUAAAUCCAAAGAGAAUAAGCAACCAGUUAAGUCAGCAUUAAGUGAAGCCCUAGAAUUGUUUCCAGCUGCACCAAAUAAUCCGUUUGGAGAAUAUGCCAGGUUUGACGGACGGGUUAAUCGAUCUGCUCCUUCAAAGAAAAUUCUUAUUUAUUUAACAAUGCUGCCACAAGCAGAGCGCAACUAUGGGAUGGAAGUUAUUUGUUUAUCAAGUGCAAGAGUUCUUGACUUGAUUGGCCUAAUUUGUUGGAUGUACACCAAUGAAGGAAAAGAGCCAAAGUUGAAGCCUUCUGUGAACAAUUACUGUUUGAAAAUUGCUGAAGAGACUGGUGAAGUAGAUGAAGAUUUUCCAAGUCUUGAUACAAAUGAAUUUGUUGGAAAAUUUGGGUUUCCUUACCUAGCUCUAAUUGAAAGAGAAUUAAAGGAGUCAUCUUUAUUAGUCACUUUAUAUAUUGAAGAUGAACCAAUUAAAUUUGAUGUAUCUAGUUUAAACCUGAGUUUAAGAGAAGUUGCUGAACUGGCAAGUCAUAGAGUUUCUGUCAGGAAAUCUAAUGCUUAUCAUAUUGAAAAGAUAGAAGAACCUGGUGUUGCUAUACCUUUAGAUAGUAAAUUAUCAAGCUUUCCAAGUUUGGUGUUUCGCUUGGUAUUUGAAGAUGAUGCCAAAGAAAGAAUGCGAGAUUUCGAAACUGAUGAAUAUGAUGCUCAUAUGAAGGCUGUUGAAGCACCUUUAUACAGAUCUUUCAAUGUUACCCUGAAUCAGAAAAUGGGAAUGAACUACGAUGUUCAAUUAGGAAUAUCCGGUGAAAAAGUGGAAAUUAAUCCUUUACCUCCAAAGGGUGCUGCAAAAAUAUUAAGUAGGCAACAGAAACCAGCUACUUUAUAUAUGGACACAAUUGCAGCUUGCGAAAUUGUGUCUAAGAAAUAUAAUCCUGGAAAAUGUAUUUUCAAAUUAAUAUACCAAAUGAAUCAAGAAUUCAAGAAGUAUGUCUUUGAAACUGACCCUUCAACUGCUCAAGAUAUCGUUAAGAAAGUUCAGAUUAUUUUAGAGAUGCGAUCUACAAAUGCAUGCAAAGAAUUUCAAUUGUACAGAGAGAGAAAACUUCAGAGAAAGGCUAUGAAAUCUCAAAUAAGUGUCUCAAAAGGCUCAAUGACCCGAUCAUGAAUAGUUCCAUUUAAUGAUUUAGUUUUUAAAAAAAGUAUUAAUCUCUGAAUUACCUGUGAAUCUAUUACUGUUUUCUUAUUUUUUCAUUAAAAAAUUUAUUUUUGAUAACA